UAAUCUAACCCAACUUCUAACCUUCAACUGUGAUUGAUGUAAUUCAAAUAUUUAUUCGCACGUAUAUUUGUCGUAAUUCAAUAAUACUUUACUAAUAAUUUCGUUAAAUAUACAUAUUUGAAUUUGUUAUAAUGAAUUUACCUAAAUUAUUAAUCAUUAGUACGAAAGAAGGAAAGGCAAGAGAAAUAGCAGAGAACAUAGGUGCAGAACGCUUAUCAGAGCAAAAUGAUACUAUGGAUUAUCUGUGGAACAUUGAUAACAAAUAUUACACAUCACAGAUUUCAGUGUGUACCAUAGAAAACUUAACUGUUAAACCUUCAAUGGAGGGAGUGAUUGCACUGAUCCUUUAUCAUGAUCCACAGGCAGACAAAGUUGAUCAAGAACUAGAACACUUGACAUCUUUAAUUACUUUGUCGAGUUCAGCUGAAGUACUUUUAUUUUCCUGCAGUGCAAUAUCUGAUAUGCUUCUAAGGGAUAAGGUGUUGAGUUGGUGUGUACAAAACAAAUUUGAACUGGUUGAAUUAGACCAAACAGGAGAUUCAGAAUCUGAUACAGAGGGAAACAAAUAUGGUAUUGAAAGGAUCAUAGAAGCUCUACAAGCUCAUACAUGGCCUAACAUUGUAUUAAAAGAUAAACCACGUGUGGAAGAAACACUAGAAGUAAAUGAAAUUAGAGAAUUAUUUGAAAACAUCCGAUUAACUUAUGAUCCUUCUGAAAGAUUACGUAUGCAGGACAUGUUAGAUGGUAUCAUGGGUGAACAUGCUGACUUUGGAGAAUUAUUUAGUCGAUUAAUGGCUAUGAAGGAACAUGCGGCAUCUUUGCCCACGAACGAAAAGCGCAGAGUAGCCGAACAAAUAGUUACUGCUUUUUGGAGAGCCAUAGGUGGAGAUCUUUUAGAAAUCGAGGAGACACCUAAUUAAAAAUCACAUUUUUAAAUGGGUUGAGACGCAAUAUUCGUGACGACUGCUGGAUAUUGGAAGCACGAUAAAAAAUUUGGUAUUGUGUAUAGGAAUGUACCACGAUAAAAGUAGUGUUAUCAAGAAAAGUUUCAUGCAAUUUAAAUAUAUAGAAUCGUGUGUGUAAUAAAAUAAAAAGUUUACUUAGCAUUAUGAAAAUGUAUAUCUUGUAAUUGUAUGGAAAAUGAAAUAUAAUAA